AUGGAGUACAAAAGUUUUAUCUGGGCGUUGGCCAAACGUCCAAGCCCAGAGAGCAAACAAGUGGACCAGGUCCGAUGUUUCUGUGCCGUAUUUGGUGCCAUGGUCCUCGUAGGUACAAUAUAUGAUAUAUAUAUUAAAAUUAAACGGCAUAAUUCCGGUAACAGAGCUGCACGUCAAGGGUAUAUCCAUCAGUUCAUCUUGGCGUGUUCGUUCCUGGAAAAUGGUCGUAAGAUUCUGUCAGCCAAAGUAACCUCUCCAUAUCUGCUGUGUUUGAACGGAAUACGUGUACUCAGUUUUUCAUGGGUGUUCAUUGGUCAUAUAUUUACGGCACUGGUGAAUGUUACCGAGAACUUCAAUUAUUUACUCAACAGCUUCAAAGGAUUUUGGUAUCAAGUGAUAUGGAAUGCAACGUAUUCUGUGGACUCCUUCUUUUAUUUAAGUGGUUUGUUAGUGACAUACCUAUCAAUGAAACAGAUGGCUAGAAACAAUGGUAAAAUGAACUGGUUGGUGUAUUACAUUCAUCGAUAUUGGAGAAUAACAUGGGUGUUGUUGUUUGUAAUGUUGUUUUAUACAUACCUCAUUCUACACAUAUUUGACGGACCAUUGUAUCAGUUGGCAUAUGAAGGAGGAAGAAAGAACUGCAAAGAUUAUUGGUGGACGAAUAUUCUGUAUAUAAACAACUUGUACCCUUUUCCUGGUGUUAACGGUCCAUGUAUUGGAUGGGUGUGGUAUCUGGCAUGUGAUAUGCAGUUCUAUUGGCUCAGUCCACCAAUACUUAUUCUGCUUUACAGGUCUUGGAAAUUGGGCAUGGGGUUGAUCGCAUUGCUGUGUGUGGCGUGUUGGUGUGUCGUCGCUUUUAUUGCUACAUACUUCGGAGAAGUUGCUUCAAUGUUUCAAGAGUACAAUGAUAACAUAGAAGAUGCUAAUGGUAUUGACGUUAUAUAUGGGAAAACAUACACAAGGUGGCCUGUGUACAUGGUUGGCAUGGUUACAGGAUAUAUACUCUAUAGAUUGGAGGGGGAAAAAUUCAAAAUGAGAUUGGCAUAUGUAGUUAGUGGUUGGUGUGCAGCCAUUGCUACAGGAUUGGCUAUUAUCUAUGGUUUAUGGUACACAGUAGAAGGACACUAUAUGCCACAAUGGUUAGCCGUGUUAUAUCUCACACUUAGUCGUCCAGCAUGGGCUGUAGCAUUGGGUUGGAUGACAAUAGCAUGUGUCACAGGAUAUGGAGGUCCAGUCAACGCUAUUCUGUCAUGGAAGAUUUGGAUACCACUGUCACGACUCACGUUCAGUGCGUACAUGAUACAUCUUCCUGUCAUUGCCAUGGGAUACAUGAGCCGUGAUAGGUUGUUAUUCUAUGACGUAUACAAUCUGGUUUAUUUGGUACUUGGGGGAAUCCUUUUGACGUUUACCGUGGCGUUUGCAAUAUCGGUAUUUUUAGAAAACCCGACCAUUGGCUGGGAGAAAAUAGUAUUGAAAAGGAAGAAAUGA